CAAGGAGUCAGCUAGGAGGGCUUGUGGGUGUCAUAAUGCAGGCCUGGGGCAUGGUGGUGGUGACCCUGGCCAUGCUGAUGUUUGCCACUGUGGAUGCCAAGAUCUAUGAACGCUGCGACCUGGCAAUGAAGCUGGAGAAGGCGGGCCUCAACGGCUUCAGGGGCUACAGCACUGGAGACUGGCUGUGCAUGGCACACUAUGAGAGUGGCUUUGACACCUCCUUCGUGGACCACAAUCCUGACGGCAGCAGUGAAUACGGUAUUUUCCAGCUGAACUCUGCCUGGUGGUGUGACAAUGGUGUUACACCCACUCAGAACCUCUGUCACAUGGAGUGUCUUGACUUGCUCAACCGCCAUAUUCUGGAUGACAUCUUGUGUGCCAAGCAGGUGGUAUCCUCACAGAACGGUAUGAAUGCCUGGGAAUCUUGGACCCGGCACUGUUCUGGCCAUGAUUUAUCUGAAUGGCUCAAGGGGUGUAAUAUGUAUGCAAAACCUGAUGCAAAGAAAAUUAAUUCCCAGAGAUAG